AUGGCAAUAACUCGUGCUACUAGCCAAAAUGGCAACAAUAAGCAUCCUACCUUAAAUGGUGGCAUAACUAAGAUACGAGGGCGGAAGGCACACGACAAAACUGAGCAAUCAUUAUAUUCUCAAAACUUCGAUGUGUAUGAAGAUGAGGGCUUAGUGUUUAGUUAUCCACCACCUCGUCGGUACUCCUCUGAACUAAGUGCUCCGCCUAUCAUACUUUUAGAGGACAACUCUUUACGACCAGAGCCAUUCGGCGUGCCACCAGCAUGGGCAGCUCACCGUCCUGAGCUAUGCGAUUCUUUACCAUGGUUCCGCUCGACUCAGGGUGGAUGUUAUCACCUGGACGGCAUUGCAUUUGGUAUGCUCAUUGACGGCGAUUCUGGUAAAAGGGCAUACCUAGAUCAUGAAGUUGUAAUUACCAGAGUGGGCGGUGGUUGCUCGAAAGAAAACGGCGGGCUCGUUCUUAAAAGGGAUAUUGAUGAUAGGAACCAUGCUUUUACAGCACUUAGGUUCAACUGGGAACAUGAUAUCCCUGUCGGUGUUAUUAUUGGUGAUCGUAAUACUGUCUGCGAAACGAAGAUGCCUUAUCGAUACAAUGUCACUGAAUUUUUUCGGAUUACCGAUAUCUGGUUUGAAAGAAUUGAUGGCCGACUGGGGGCGCAAGUACGCUUGGAGAAGUUGUCUCUCACAUCUAAAAGCUGGUGGGCUCCGAAGGAUAUCGAAGAGCCACUCCCCAUAAAUCUACGUACUGAUGCUGUGCCGCCUGAACUCCCAGCCUGUGACUUUUGUAAUGCCCAUAGCCGCAAAGUUUAUGAUGAAGGGUGGAUGUGCUUACAGCCAAGCUGUCCCAAAUUUUGGACUUUGAAAGGAGGAGAGCCGCCGAAAGAAUUGACCUUUGCUCCAGCAUUCCUGAGAAUGAGAUCCCAAAGUUUAAGGUCAAUAGUGCCUCAGCAUAGUUUGGUACCAAAUCUCCUUGAAACGUUUCCUCGAGAUGGAAAAUAUUCUCGAACUGCGCGUGUCAUGUGGAAAGGGAUUGUGUGUCCAAAAUGCCAAAGAUGUGUUGCCAGAACACUUUGGAAUGGCUGGGUUUGUCCUUUAGAAGAUAAAGGCUGUGGGUUUUCUUAUUUUGAUACUCCUGAUCCUGUCGAAUUAAGGACAAUUCUUUCUGAAUUUGAAAUGGGCGCCGUCGGCCAUCGUUAUCCGGCCAACAACAAGUUGGCAAUCCGGCCGAAAAUUCAGUACCUCAAGAACUAUCGUGUCGAUACUUAUGACUUGGGGAUGGGCAAUAUCUUAUCUCAUUUUGCUGCAAAUAACACCGUCAACUGUGCCGAUGGCGGCCCUAAUUUUUUAUUUCGAGAAUUAUGUAUGCAAGACAUUGGAUUGAAGCGACACAAGCUUAAGGCGAGUGUUGUCAAGAAUACUCUGACCUCACAUUUCGCUGUUAACUUUGGUAUGCCAUAUAAAUAUAUCGUUGCGGUAGAAUCGAAAUCGUUUCAGGAUACUCCCCCUUUUUUACUUCAAGCCCUUGGACGCCUUACCUGGGCUGUCCGAAAGACCGUGCCUCCUGCCGAAUUCCAGCGACCUAAUGAGCUGCUUACACUUGGCUACUUUGAAAAGAUGGCCAUUAAUUAUCAUGAUGACGGGGAAGACACACUUGGGCCGACGAUUGCGACACUAUCACUCGGAGUGGAAGCGACGAUGCUCGUGCGACUAAAGCAGAAGUAUUUUAAAGUACCAGAGCAGACCAGCAAAAAUUUCGAGAUGGAAGAUCUUGUCCUACCCAGUUGCUCAAUGGAGGCUGAGCGGCGCGAGCUUAAAAUCCGGUACGAAAGUCAGCAAAUAUCUCGUAACGAAUAUUGGAAAAGACUAGCACAUUUGCGGGGAAGGAAUAGGAGACGGGAAGCAAGCCCGUUUUGCUCCUUGGAGCUCCAUCAUGGCGACAUGGUUGUCAUGCAUGGGGCCAACCUGCAGAAAUAUUAUGAGCACUCCGUAACACCAAAUGGACAGCUUCGGUUCGCGUUAACAGCCAGAUAUGUCAUGCCAGAAAGGGUCGAGCCAGAACAUCACUGGAAGGGAGACUACGAACCCAAUCCUGACUACGAGUAUGACGGCGACGAAUGA